CGCCCCCUCCGCAGUGCAUGCUGGGUAGGCAGAAGCGUCACAACACGUUGACAUUGCGCUGCGUCCGAUACUCGCAGAGAAUUUAAGGGCUGGUGUUUGUCAUGGGUGCAUCUUUGUCCAUUCCUGCUCCCACUGUAAGGGCCGAGGCUUCGAUGGCAGGACCUCAUUUGGCUGGGGCGUCUCCGCCUCCUGGAUGUCCCAUGCAUCAAGAACAACCCAAAAAAUCUCCUCCGCCUGAGUGCCCGAUGCAUCAGGCCCAGACGCCACCGGCCGGCCCAGUGCACCAGGACAGAGCGUAUGAAUUUGUUGAAUGUCCAAUGAAAGCUGCAGAAGGACCUAUUGAUCCGACUAACAUGAUGCCCCCGCCAAACCAGAUACCAGCCCCUGACCAGCCCUUCCCGCUGUCUGUGAAAAGAGAGGAGUCCAAAAUCCCACGAGCCGGCAGUGGAAAUAACUGGGUCUAUCCUUCAGAACAGAUGUUCUGGAAUGCCAUGCUGAGGAAAGGGUGGCGCUGGAAGGACGAUAGUCUUGCCCCGGAAGACAUGAAUAAUAUAAUUCAUAUACAUAAUCGCAACAACGAUCAAGCUUGGCAGGAAAUCCUAAAGUGGGAAGCAAUGCAUGCCAGUGAGUGUCCAUGUGGUCCAUCUCUGAAAAGAUUCGGUGGCAAGGCGAAGGAAUUUUCCCCAAGAGCCAGAAUGCGGCACUGGAUGGGAUAUGAAUUACCUUUCGACCGACAUGAUUGGAUCGUAGACCGUUGUGGAAAGGAAGUUCGCUAUGUCAUCGACUACUAUGAUGGAGAGAUUGAUAAAGACACUUACCAGUUCUCUAUUCUGGACGUGCGUCCGGCUUUUGACUCUAUGGGAGCUGUUUGGGAUCGAAUGAAAGUGGCCUUGUGGCGCUGGACGUCAUAGAAUCUUGACACUGUCAUACUUCUCUAGAAAUGUUACACAUCACAGACGUACUACAGAUUCUUCGGCACAAAAAUAUUAUAUUUAGUGUGCAGUUAAUGGAGGACUUUUCCAGAAUUUGCUUUUGUGUCUGGCUUUGAAGUCAAGUUGGAUUAAUUUUUGCAGGUUUCAGAAAAAUUCUAAUUAUUGCCCAGCGGUGCAAUAUUGGUUGUAAAUGGUCUCUAUUAGGGAGUGCAAAGAAUAAGUGUUUUUUAACGGUUAAUGGUGUAUACCAUUACGGACAUUCAUCAUUAUCUAACAAGUGAUUCAUUAUCUGCUUGUAGAGCAAAGACUUUGAAUGACCGCUGAUCUUCCUUAGAGGUUAUACAUAUCUAGACUUUGUUUUCCUCUUUCAAAGCUUAAAUGAGGUUUUGCUGAUGUUGAGAGAGAUUGUGAAGCUGAUUGUAGCUCAGUGAGAUAAUACAAUGGUAUCUGCACAUGGAAGUCCAUGAAAUAGUUUAUUUACUUAAAAGCCCCAUACUCUUUGAGUCUUUUAUUUAUUUGAAAUAAAGGGUUUCAUUAUUGAAUAUG